CCAUAGGACAGACACGACACACUCAGUGAUACGCUGAAUGAACAGUAUAUUAGCAUCUAUAACCCCCUGAAUAAUCGAUUUCGGAUAUCAUUUCUCUACGCUGCUAAGCUCCUGCUCCAAGCAUGACUGCGAAACACAGAAACAAGAAUGCAAGUGACAAGAAUUCUACUCCUAUUCAAGAUGACGUGGCGAAGAAAAUUACGAAGGCCAGCAAAGGCAGCGACUCUCCAGGGUCGGGGUCAGGGAACUGGACAAAGAUUUUGGCCGCGCUCAGUUAUAUUGCACUGGUAGCGGCAGCCGGCUUCGCUGCCUUUUACCUUCAAAGGGUGGUAGAAGAAGUUGGUCAGAUAAGCAGCAGGACAGAAACAUCCAUCCAGAAAAACGCGGAGCUGACAAAGAAAAUGGAGAGCGCUCUGCUACAGGUGGACUCCUUGAAGGAAACGGUGGACGGGUUCGACUCGACCCUCAGCAGAAUGCGGACCGAGCUGGACAGCGCAGGCUGGGCGGUGAGGAAGGGCGAGGCAGAGACCCGGCGGGUGGAGGAGGCCCUGCAGAAGCUGCAGAACGAGCUCCUGCGUGACCUCUCGGACGGGAUCCGGGAGGUGAAGGAGGCCCGGGAGCGCGACUCGUCAUCGCUGGAGCGCACGGUGGAGGAGCGACUGACGGAGCUGACCCGCUCUAUCGGCGACAGCGUGGCGGAGUUCACCGAGGCGCAGAGCGAGACGCAGAGCCAGCUCAGAGACAUGAAGGCCAGGGUGAACGGCAUGGAGGACCCCGCCUCGUUGAAGCGGGAGCUCCUGGCCGUCACUGAGACCGUCGGAGAGCUCCAAGCUGCCGGUCUGGCAUCUGAGAAGACGGCCGAGUCACUCCGGAAGCAGAUAGGUGCUGUAGGGGUAGAGCUCCAGACCAGGAACGAGGAAGUGGCAUCCACAGCACUGGAGAUUGACUCUGUGAGGGAGCUGUUGCAGAGCACAGCCGGCGUGCUGAGGGGAUCUCUGUCUGCAGCCGAGGCCUCCGUCAAGGUCCUUAAAGACCAGGCCCAGAGCCUGCAGUCUGGGCUGGACAUGGCAGCGGGCAGCAUCCAGGGUCUGGAGGAGGGCCUACAGGGGGCGGUGGCGCAGGCCCAGAAGACUGGGGUGGAGGUGGAGGCCAGGCUCAGGGCUCUGGAGCAAAGAGCGGAUACAUUAGUGGCUUCUGCCGCAGGGAAGGCGGAGAGGGUGGAGUCCCUCCUCUCCAAAUACGACUCCCACGACAGUGCGCUUGCCACACUGGGCAGGGACGUCCAGAGCCUCCAAUCGGCCAGCAAGGUGGAGGCCGCACAGCUGCAGGCGCUGACGGACACGCGGCAGGACCUGGCAGGCCAGGUAGAGGAGCUGCAGGGAGACCUGGGGGAGCUCCAGAGUAAGGUGACCGCCCUGGGCAGCAGGCAGACAGAGUUGUCCUCACGGGGCUCCAACCUGGGCCAGCAGCUGGAAGAGCUGGGGAAGAGACUAAAAGCCCUGGAGGGGGAGUCGCCAAAGGCCCAGAGCCUGGACAGUUUGAAGGCCUCGGUCAGCCAGGCCCAGAAAGACGUGCAGCAGCUCAGAAACACAAUGGACAGCUUGACGGCCUAUUCUAAGAAGGUAGAGGGCCACGAAGCAGCCAUUACCUCGUUGAAGAGCUCACUGGAGGAGGCCAAGGCCACGCUCCCCAAAGAGAAAGCACCACGCAAGGUCUGAUGAGUGCUUCUAGGGGGGUCUACA